UUCAAAACGAUUAAAUUACAGGGUUGUGUUUAUAUAAUAUAGGUUCACCUACAUAAUAAACUGUACAUUAUCACAAUACGUUAUCGGAUAUAAUAUUGAGCUGAAAGGAUUGGAUAUUUCUAUGUGUUCCUCCGAUAAAAAGCAUCGAUAGGUCACUUAUUAACUUGGAUGUCAUUAUACGAAUAAUAAAGUACUAUAAUAUGGGUAUAUUAGCAGAUACGAAUGAGGUAGUAAAAAUGUAUCAUUGUACCACCACCAUGCGUAGAAUAUGGACGUAUUUCAGCAACAGCACGAUACACGGCUUCAAUUACAUCGCCGACAAACGCCGUCACUGGACGGAGAGAGUGUUUUGGGUUUUGACAUGUUUCAUAUCAUGUCUUGCUACAAGAUUAUAUCUCCAAGCAACCUGGUACGCUUACAACAACAACGCCGUUAGCUUUGUCACCGACACCACGUAUCUGGAUUGGAACACGAGUUUUCUCUCGUUAUCAAUUUGCGAACAAGAGUCACCGGACAAGUUAUACGACUUGGCUUCUAAGAUGUACGGCAGUGAUCGAGAUUUGAACAUUGAUUUUUAUCUACGAGACAUCGCUUUCUACGACGGCGCGUGUUACUCGUGCGUGACGCACUGCCAAAAAGGAGCGUUAAACUGCACCACAGACUACGAUCAAAUCAUACGUGAAAUUCGAUCAGAAUGUAAAGAUUUGAUUGGCAACUGUUAUUGGAAUAAUGAACCAUUCGAAUGCUGCGAUCAAUUCUUACCAAUAACGACUGAAAAUGGUGUAUGUUUUAUUAUAAACUCCUUACACACAGUAAAAGAAGACGGAGAAAAAUUAAAAAUGAUAUCAAACCGAAAAUUGGGACCUGGCAGCCUUGCUUUUACGGCGUACGAAUCAAUAAAGCUAUUUAUACACUCACCAGAAGAUUUACCUUGCGUAAACCAUCCACAAGAAGAAAAAUUUUUACUGAGUUGGGGUGUAUCGUUUUUGAUGAAAUACCAGAUUAAAGAGAUCGAAAACGAUCCACUGUUAAAACAAGUAGAUAUCAAACAGAGGAAUUGUCGUUUUCCGGAUGAAAACAAUUUAAAAGUAUACAACGUAUACAGUAAUUCCGCGUGCAUUGUGAACUGCAGAGCUGAAGCUCAGCUCAGAAUAUGUAAUUGUACGCCACAUUAUUUGAAGAUUCCGGGUACGCCAGUUUGUGGGAUCGAAGGUCUCGGUUGUAUAACUGAACAUUCAGAAUAUUUCCGAGCACUAAAAACUAAUGAUUUCAAUAAGUUGGGAUUAGUGUGUAAUUGUAUAUCUAGUUGUACUGAACCAGAAUAUAAUGUUUUGAGCAAAGAAAAUUGGGUCGUAAAGCAAGAUAACGAAGAUAUAAAAUAUGGAUCAAAAGUUAUUAUCGCAUUAGAUAGGCUACCAAACGAGAGACUUAAAAGAAAUGUAGUAAGAUCUCGCAUGGAUCUCAUUGUAUCAAUUGGAGGAACUUUGGGUCUAUUUCUUGGAGUGAGCCUGUUAAGUAUUGUUGAAAUAGUUUACUUCUUCGUUGUUUGGACUCAUAAAACACCACAGAGCAUUACUAAUAAUGUCAAAAGCAAAAAACCAGUUCAUCGACCAAUUCAAAACAUUAAUAAUUUACCAUUUUUACAUUGA